AUGGCUUCUCCUUUUUCCUUCCUAAAAGACGUGGAAGGAGCUAAAAAAGGCGACAAGGUUCAUGGCAUUGGCGAUGUCAAGCAUUAUCUACAGCGCUUUGGCUACUUAGAACAUCAUCAGCACCAACAAAAUCACAAUCACAAUCACCAUCGUCAUCGUCAUCGUGAUCAUAUUCACAGUCACCAAGAUCACGAUCAUCAUCACAAUAAUCAUUUUGAUGAUGCUCUGGAAUCGGCCAUCAGAACAUACCAGAUAAAUUACAAACUCGAACCCACAGGGAUUCUAGACCAAAAAAUGAUUUUUAAGAUGAUGCAACCCCGUUGCGCUAUGCCAGAUAUCACAAGUAAUAACAACAAAACUCGAAUGCUUGAAGGCAUGAAAUGGGCCCAGGCCCACGAGUACGGCCUGCUUUACACUUUCUUCCCAGGAGCUCCGAGGUGGCUGCCGUCCAAAUUCACUCUGUCAUUCGGGUUCCCUGACGGUACGACGUCGUUGGCGCAAAACGCAAUUCAGCGGGCCUUCUCUAUUUGGAGCUACAACACUCACUUCAGGUUCAUUCAAGCCCCAUUCGAAGUGGCUGAUAUUAAAGUGAGCUUCCAUAGUGGAGACCACGGAGACGGGGUUCCCUUUGAUGGGCCUGGCGGAACCCUAGGCCACAGUUUUCAGCCGACGAUAGGGGUUUUGCAUUUGGAUGCAGAUGAGAAUUGGGUGGUGGGGGAGGCUCCUUAUUCUUUUGACCUUGUCUCGUCUGCUUUGCACGAAAUCGGUCACACUCUUGGGCUCAUGCAUAGCUCGGAUACUGAUGCUAUCAUGUACCCCAUUUUGCCCAUGGGAGAAACCAAAGGUCUGAAUUGGAAUGAUGUUCAAGGCAUUCGUGUUUUAUACAACGAUCUUCUUUGACGUUUCAGUUGUGAUAUACUGCCUCUUUGUUUGUUUGUUUUUUUUUUUUUUCAAUUGGUUUCACUCCAAAUUAUCAGGUUAAAAUUUGCUUUUUUUUUAUUAGGGUCAAAGAUUAUUUUUCAUUAAUUAAAUAUGUUGUUAGAAUCUAUUAUCUUACUUGACAAGUUUUUCAAGUUAAUGUCCUUCAUUUGCUAAGGCGGCG